CGCCCUGGCCCGGCCCGCAGGCGCUGCCCUCCGCCGCAGCUUCAGCACCUCCGCCCAGAACAAUGCUAAAGUCGCCGUGCUGGGGGCUUCGGGAGGAAUCGGGCAGCCCCUUUCGCUCCUCUUGAAGAACAGCCCCCUGGUGAGCCGCCUGACCCUCUAUGAUAUUGCUCACACGCCUGGAGUAGCCGCUGAUCUGAGCCACAUUGAGACCAGAGCGCAUGUGAAAGGCUUCCUUGGGCCGGAACAGCUGCCAGACUGCCUGAAGGGCUGCGAUGUGGUGGUUAUUCCUGCAGGAGUCCCAAGAAAGCCAGGCAUGACGCGGGAUGACCUGUUCAACACCAACGCCACAAUCGUGGCCACCCUGGCUGCUGCCUGUGCCCAGCAUUGUCCUGAAGCCAUGAUCUGCAUCAUUGCAAAUCCGGUUAACUCCACCAUCCCGAUCACAGCAGAAGUUUUCAAGAAACAUGGCGUGUACAAUCCCAGUAAGAUCUUCGGUGUGACGACCCUCGACAUUGUCAGGGCCAACACUUUUGUUGCAGAACUGAAGGGUUUGGAUCCAGCUCGAGUCAACGUCCCUGUGAUUGGUGGCCAUGCUGGGAAGACCAUCAUCCCCCUGAUCUCUCAGUGCUCUCCCAAGGUGGACUUUCCCCAGGACCAGUUGACCGCCCUGACUGGUCGCAUCCAGGAAGCGGGCACCGAGGUGGUGAAGGCUAAAGCCGGAGCAGGGUCCGCCACACUGUCCAUGGCAUAUGCCGGCGCCCGGUUUGUCUUCUCCCUCGUGGAUGCCAUGAACGGAAAGGAAGGGGUUGUUGAGUGCUCCUUCGUCAAGUCCCAGGAGACAGACUGCACCUAUUUCUCCACACCACUAGUGCUGGGGAAAAAGGGCAUCGAAAAGAAUCUGGGCAUCGGCAAGAUCUCCUCCUUCGAGGAGAAGAUGAUCGCCGAGGCGAUCCCCGAGCUGAAAGCCUCCAUCAAGAAAGGGGAGGAUUUCGUGAAGAACAUGAAAUGAGAAAGCAGCCCGAGCGCGCCUGGUUGGUUUCCUUAAUUUAUUAAGGCAUCAUGUCACUGAAAAGCCAUUUCAGAUCCAUCUGUAUUUGUAUUUGCUUUGAUGAUGUUUAUUGUAUUAACAUCAUCUCUUCCAAAUUGCUGGCUGGCCUCUUGAUACACCAAUAAAGCAGGUUUUGAUUUUCUUUUUCAAGGUCCUCUCU